AUGUCGAAUUCUACAAUAGUAAGUGUUUUAUACUUGUGUUUUAGUGUUCUUUAGGCUUAUCUGUUACUUAUGGAUCAAAGUUUUAAAUUUUUGGUUUAAAAUACGAAAUUUAAUCCUGGUCAAUACGCUAACCAUGUACAAUAUAUUGAUGAAGACAAUGUUUUAGAAGGAUCCAGAAGAAAAGAGCGACAUAUUUCUAUAUGGUGGUAUUGGACUUGGCGCUAUUGUGGUUCUUGCCUGUGUGGCUGUGGUAAUUUAUUCAUUGUACAAACGGCGUAGAUCAAGUGAGAUGGCGACAGCGAUGGUUUCGGCCGAAGAAGAGGAGGAAGAGGAAGUGGCGACUGUUGAUGAGGUGAGACUUUGGAAUAGGUAUUGAAAUUUGGUGGCCACGGCAGAGGUUUGGUUGUGGUAAAACUAGGGUAGGGUUAGUUAAGCGUAAGGGCAUGUUAGGACUAGGGAAGGCCAGGUUGGGGGUAGGGCUCGGGUAAGGCCAGAGUUGGAGGUAGGGUAAAUUGAACAGGGAUAAUGUAAGGCUGUUAUGACUGUUAUAAAGGUAAAUAAGGCUAGAAUAGCUUUAUAUUGGGGGUAGAUUAACAGUAACUUUAAAGUUUUAAAAAUUUUAAAAAAAGUUUAGUUUGAAACAUUAAAAAAAAUAAAAAAAUAAUUGUCAUUUUACUACUUGUAACUUGAAAAGCGGUUGUUUUUGGCUAAUUUUUUAAAAAUUUUCCACUGAAAUUUCAACUGAUUUGAAUUGAUGAAUUUGACUCGACUAAAGCUUGAUUUUGAUGAUGAUCUUGAGACUUCUGAUACUGAAGUGAUGUUUUAUUUUGUUAACAAAUGGUUUUUGAUAGUUAUUUUAUUUAAAAAAGCGAAAAAAGGCAUUUUUAAAAUUUUUUGUUUGGACAUGUUUUAUCGUAUAACAUGGUCUGCGCAGGCUGCGGACCGCUUAAUUGAGUUUUUCUUGUAAAAGAUAAUGAAAAGCAUGAUAUUUACUGACAUUUAAAUUCUUUUUUCAAUUAAAUUUAAAAAAAUUUUUUUUUAAUUUCGAAAUUUGUGAAAUUUUUUCAAAAAAUGCCAAAAUAUAACCUAACCUUACUCAAAAACUCGAUUUUCCAGGCAAAACGAAUGCGAGAUGGCUACAACGGCGACGUGGUGGUGUAUCAUUUCAUGUUCAUCAAGACUUUGGAUGGGUUCUCAUUGACAAUCCGCCUUCACGGCGUGGUAAACGCCACAAUCAUUACCGAACCAAACAAAAAGAACCUUUGCAUGUUGUACUUUGAAGCAGCUGCCGCACCAGAGAAACGAAUCAAAGUCGUGCAUCAGCUGGUGCACAGACUUAACGAUCGAAAGGAAACGGCGUUGGGAACGUUGGCGUGCAAGGUCAUGAUGCCGGAGAAGUACAAUGUGAAUGGUAAGGGGGAGGGGGGGGUUGUUGUAGGGCAACGGGAAGGCUAGGGUAAGGUUAUGGUGAGGCUACAGUAGGACUAGGGGACUGGGUAAAGUCUACAGUACGACUAUGGGAAGGGUCUACUAUAAGACUAUGGUGAGGCUAGGAUAGGGCUAUGUGGUGGCUAGGGUAGGGGCUACAGUAGAACUACGGGGAGACUAGGGUAGGGGCUACUAUAAGACUAUGGUCAGUCUAGGGUAGGGGCUAUUGUAAGUAAGAAUAUAUUGAGGCUACAGUAGGGCAGGGCUACGGCUAGCAUAGUACUAUUGGAUACUGUAAGCCUUAGAGCAUGCCUAUAUUUGUGAUGGGACAGGCUAGCCUUUAGUAAAUUCAGGAUAAGCUUAAAAUAUUACCGCAAAUCUAGAUUAGGGUACCUUAUCAGUGAGGCAGGGCUAAUUUAAGGUUCUAUAGUUUUGAGGCAGGGAAGGGCAAAAUAUUUAAAAAUUUUUUUUUAUUAUGAGAUAUUUAUUGUUUUAGGCAAAGAAGUAGGUGUAACUCACGAAUGUCCACGCGGAUCCAUCUCUCAUUCCAAACAAAAGCUCGACUUUAUGAUCUAUGACUAUGUAAGUCUUGUCAUUUUUUGAUCAUUUUUGCAAAAUUUUACAUUUAAAAAUUUUUUUAAAAAAUUUUUAAUUUUUUUUUUCAGGCCGGAAUUCCCAUCCCCCUAUACGUAACAGCCCGACCAGCCUACGUAUACGCCAUUGAAAUUGGCACCAAGAUGCUACAAUGCCUCUACGUACUUCACUCCGAGAGCUACUGUCACGGUCGUCUAACCCCAUCGUGCUUCUACAUUGACGAAGAUCGGGCCCAAGUGACACUUUUGGAUCUAGGUUUCCUGCAUCCAUUAAAAAUCCCGACAGAUCACACCAAAUACUACAAACAUGAGGAACACUACUUUAAUGCCACGUAUCAAAGCGCCGCCUCUCACAAUAUUACACCGCCCAGCAUUUGCGGCGACUUGGAGAGCUGGUGCUUCAUAUUUGUGGAGAUUUUCACCGGAAAGCCAUUGCCCUGGGUAUUGCUUCAUGAUAAGGUAAGGGGAGUUUCUUGGGAGGAUAUUAGGUUGGCUGGUAUAAAUUUUUUACUCUACCCUUAGCCUAUCUUACUUUACCUUAUUUUUACUAUAACUCUACCUUCAUUUUUUGAAAAAAAAUUGAAAAUCAGGCUUUUCGUGCUGGGACCAGAAGUAAAAAAAAUCAGGCAGGCCUUUCGUGCCGGGACCGAACUAAAAGUUCAAACUUUAAGACCAAAAUUAAAAAAUCAGGCUUUUCGUGCCGGGAGCAGACUGAAAAUUUAGGCUUUUUGUCUAGGACCAAAACUAAAAAUUCAAACUUUUCGUGCCUGGAUCAAAAUAAAAAAAUAAAGGUUUUCGUGUCGGGACCAAAAGUAAAAAUUCAGACUUUUCGUGCCGGGACCAAACUAGAAAUGUUGGCUUUUCGUGCCGGACCAGACUAAAAAUCCUGAUUUUAGCGUUCCAUUCAAGACAUGAAGAAUUUGUUCAACCGCGACUACGAACUCUUCUACGACUACACCAAAGACAUUCGCCCGGAAAUGGUACGCUUUCUUCGCGAAAUUGUUGUACAUGUCACAACAAACCUUCAAUCCGAACUCAACGACAACAUUACCGUCAAAUACCAGUCGAUUCUGGAUUCCCUGUCGCAGCUGGACCAGCUCAGCGAGAAACAUCGCAUCGGAGAGAAUCACAACCCAACGUCGCCUGCUUGUAGCCCGUUUUCACGUUGA